AUGACGCGUGGAAAUCCCGUGUCGGAAAUCGAGCCUGGAUUCUUUUAUGGUUUCGAGAGGUUGAUGACGUUUCAUUGCGAUGAAUGCGAAUUGGGUCCGACCCUUUUAGAGGGUUCCUUUGCUUUUGUUGGAUCCUUUCCGUAUAUUCUGCUCGUACAUAACGGAAUGGCGAGCCUGGAACCGGGUGCAUUCUCUGGCUUCCCGACAAAUGCGUAUAUAAAUCUUAUAGAGAACGACAUCGCCAACAUAAGUGAAGAGUCGUUCCGGCCCAUAGUGGAGGUCCUGUCGUUGGGGGGAGGGAGUAUCGGAUUGGAGGGUAGCCCUGUCGUGUGCGACUGCAGCAUGGCCUGGCUUGCUCUGAAUCCAGGCUUCUUGGAGAGCGUGUCGGGUCGCUGCAUCGAUGGGACGCUCUUCUCAGACUUGGUUCCAGAGGACUUUCAAGACUGCGUCGUCUUUGAUCAGUGAUCAAACUGACUGAUCAAACACACUGCCUCUGCCUGAUCACUUCUCAUCGUUAUAAGUUUUCCCCAGUUGAAGAAUGAGCGUAGGACCCUCUCGAGUGUAAGGUGAUCCAACGGGGCGGCGAGUACAUCGGGUGAAAGAUCGGCACCGUCUCCGGCCUCCCACGCUAACCCUGAGCCUGCUCGACACCUGAUGCACGACUGGAGCUUGCCCUUCGCCAUCAAGCUUCGCGGAUGCUGAUGUGCUCGACGAGCAUCGCAACUGCGGAUGGAACCUGGACUCGAGAGACGGUAGUCCCUGGUGUUACGAAUGGACAGAAACCCGUGUGGGAAUUCUGCGAUGUUCAGACGUGUUGAAGAUCCAGUCGCUGGAAGCCAAUUCUUGGAUGACAGAGUUCCACUCCACCGUGUUACACCAUCCCAAAAAACACAAUAACG